UUUUUUCUGUAAAUAAUUUUAUUGGUAUGAGUCUGGGUGUACUUCAUAUAGAGACUGCUUUUAGUUUAAAUUAAUUUUAAAAGCUAACAUUUCAGAAGAAAAGUGCGCAUUGUAACACAAACAUGUAAAUAAAAGUAUAAUUAAUUCCAACUGGCAAACAAUUUUGAAGUUGUAAAUGAUCGAUCAUACAUUUUUAUGAAUUAUUUUGUUUGCAAAUAAAAAGGUGAUUUAGCAUCUCUAUCACGUAAUAGUCACGUGAACGUUAGCAAUCAUGCUCAAAUUUAAUUGGCCGGUCAUUUUGCGAUGGAUAAACAUUUCUAGGAUAUGCUAUGCAUUAUGAUGUCAAUAUUAGGCAAGCCAUAUAAAGGAAAAUGAAUAUAAAAAAAUAAGUAUAUAUAUAGUGCAUACUGCGUAAGAAAACAGAUUUGAAACUGUCGUGAAGUUCUCCUAAAAAGGCGGGUAUGGUAUCUUCUGUUUGUCAUAAUUACAAUGGCAGAAUUUGACAUUUUUUAUUUUUAUGCUUUUGUGGACGGUCGCGUAUGUUUUAUAAGAUUGUUUAUGAUCUAUCUUAUCGAGACAGUGGUUUUGUGACUCGAUUACUGGUAUUCACACGCUAUACUUGUCAUAUGUGUAAGUGUACACAAAAAACAUUUGGUAAUAUUUUAUUACCGGCUAAUAUAAUUCAUUGCGUGUUCGUGGUAUUCAACUUGCUAUAAUAAACUUAUAAAAAGAAUUAUUUAAAAACUUUGUUUGAAGACUAAAAUAUGAUUGUAGAAAUGAAGAAAAUAAACGAAACGUCAACAAACGAGGUAAUUAUAUAUGAAUCUGGAAACCCUGUUUUAAAAGUCGAAACUGGAACCACUUUAAAAGUGAUAAAGCUUUUAUACGAGGCAGAGUAUGACAGGAAAAGUCAAAUUCUUGGUGUUCGACCGAAACAAUUUUCCGAAGGCAUCCCUUGCAUUGUCACUCUGGACGACUCAAAACUAAAUGAGUUAUCCUAUGACAUAUUAGUAUCAGAUGAAGGUAAUGAGAAAAGCAGCCAGUCUUCCGAUGACGAAGAAACAAUGACAAGCCGUUGUAUUGAUUGUUCCAGAGAAACGUGGAAAACAAAACGUUUUACAAAUGUGGGGAUGAACACGGAGAUUAGCAUUAACCCUCUGAAUGAAUUAGAUGGUGAUUUCCUUACUCAAAAUGAGCAAAAAACAUCUAAUAAGCCACAAUCACCUUCUCCAACAUUAAGUAAUGAUGAAACACCAAGAAGCAAUUUUAAUCCAUCCCUGUCUAAAUCCCUGACCCCGGUAACAAGUUUACCAAGCUACAGUUCCACAUCUCAAAAAGAUUAUUUGAUUCCUUUUCCAACAUCAGUGCAAAAUGGUAAUCAUCAUAAGGAGAUUGAUAAAGAUCGUUCUAGAUCUUCUCCAUCUCCAACAUUUGGUUUAGAUGUCUACAAUGCUCAUUUCAGUACAGCACGUUACCCACUCCGUUCAUCGUUGGAACCAAUGCACUAUGAGCAUUUUAUGCCUUCACACGCGUGGGCCAUCGCUAGAUCUCGUUACGGACAUAAUAGAUCGCCCCAUCAUGAUCACCACUCCCCUGAUGCCAGACGAAGUCCAUCAAGACGUAGUCGCUCACCAAUAUCACCAAGAACAGGAGAAGGAUACCCUUUGCAUUAUCAUAGUAUGCGGGAUAAACAUAUGCAUAUGUUGCACCAGCCACUUUACGAACGACACGCACUUCAUCGCGAAGGGCAUCGUGUUCCACUUCAAUACGAACACACAGAUGAAAAACAUUACCCUGCUGUUAAUCGUGAUAAAAUCUUUCUACGGCACGGUAAUGAGCAUGAAAUACCGCCUACUUUGGCUGAUUAUCCAGUCAAGAAUGACAAGGCUCUUCGUGUCGUUCAACCUGCUGAGGAACCGCCUGUGUUUGUGUUACCAAACGAUUAUGAUGUAGUCAGUGGCAUAGAUCCUAGACUCGCAAGUUUACAAGAAAGAAGAGUUAGGUCACCAUUAAAUGUGAUUAGCAAGGAAAAAGAUUUAGUAAAAGAUGAAGCUUCCUCACAAGUUGAUGUUGUGAAGGAAGAAAGGCAAUCACCGCAAAAUUCCAAUGGAAGUGAAUCGCCCAAAGAAGGGAGUGGCAGUCCAGACUCAUCCACAAAUGGAUCUCAAAAAUUAUACUGCAAAAUCUGCAACAGUGUGUUUCCAACGAAAAGUUUGCUUUAUAAGCACCUACGUGGUCACACUUCCGACGAAAAGCCAUUUAAAUGCAGUGAGUGCGGUCAAGGGUUUACUCUAAGUAGCAAUUUGCGACAACAUCGGAUUAUACAUCGCGGCUAUAAGCCAUUCCAGUGCGAGUUCUGUGGAAAAAAAUUUAUGAGGUCAAAUGUAUACAAACAGCAUAGACGAAUUCACACUGGCGAAGAAAUGCAUAAGUGUAGUCUCUGCCCGAGUGAGUUUUUACAAAAAUAUGCUUUACUCAAACAUAUGAAAAAAAAUCAUGACAUUGAUGCGGUUGAUAACUAAAGCGAGAAGAAAACAACUUUUAUGGUCAUUUAUUUGAACUGUAUAUAUAUAAAUAAUAUAGUUAAUGUUGUACAUAAUGUAUCACUUUGCAAUGUAGAGUUUCACUGUUGAAAUGC